UUUUGCCUCCACGCCGCACAGCUUACAGUGUACACACAGACAGGCGGAGGCAGCGGCUCGCGGCAGAAAAGUUUUACGCUCUCAGUGCGCUGUGCUCACAGAAUCACAACAAGUUCGGAUGCGCUGACAGAGAGUUCAAGAAGUAGGUUCUCCGGCUGCGCGCAGUCGCAUUUGGGAUUUUUUUUUUUUUGUUUUUACGCACAGAAGACUUUUUGGAAGCCAGUUUUUGUCUUCGUUUUGAUCCGAGAAGAAACGGCUGAAGCAACUUUGUGUUCCAGCGACUCAAACUUUGAUUCAACUUCUUAUGUAUACCAAGAUGGAAACUACUUUCUAUGACGACUCACUCAACGCUUUCUCCCAGCACGAAAACGCCAGCUACGGAUACAGCAACCCCAAAGCGCUGAAACACAACAUGACACUGAACCUCUCCGACCCGACGGGAUCUCUGAAGCCGCACCUCCGCGCCAAGGCCGGCGACCUCCUCACCUCCCCGGACGUGGGUCUGCUGAAGCUGGCCUCCCCGGAGCUGGAGCGGCUCAUCAUCCAGUCUAGCAACGGACUCAUCACCACCACCCCGACCCCGACCCAGUUCCUCUGCCCCAAGAAUGUCACUGACGAGCAGGAGGGCUUCGCGGAGGGGUUUGUCCGCGCGCUGGCAGAGCUGCACCACCAACACAUGCCGGCUCCGGGCAACGUGGGUGUCACCUCAGCCCCCCAGACCAGCACCGCCCUCCCGCCGGUGUCCUCUGUGGCCGGGGCCGCCGUCUACAGCAACACCGCCACCAUGCGCUCCGACUCGCCGGUGUAUGAGGACUUGAACACGUUCAACCCAGCCAUCAGCACUGUGUCGGCGCCAAAUUACACAACUUCAGCGCCGACCAUGUCCUUCCCCGCCGCCCCGCCUCAGCUUCCCAUCUACGGCCAGCCGUCCGGCGCACAGCUGCCCCGGCUCACUGCGCUCAAAGAGGAGCCCCAGACCGUCCCGGAGAUGCCAGGGGAGACCCCUCCCCUCUCCCCGAUCGACAUGGAGAGCCAGGAGCGCAUCAAGGCGGAGAGGAAGCGCAUGAGGAACCGCAUCGCCGCUUCCAAAUGCCGGAAGAGGAAGCUGGAGCGAAUCUCCAGGCUGGAGGAGAAAGUGAAGACCCUCAAGUCUCAGAACUCCGAGCUGGCGUCCACCGCCAACCUGCUGCGCGAGCAAGUGGCCCAGCUGAAGCAGAAGGUCAUGAACCACGUGAACAGCGGCUGCCAGCUCAUGUUAACGCAGCAGCUCCAGACCUUCUGAGGCGGCGGAGAGCCACGAGACUGAUGUUGAAAGAAUCGGACGCUUUCUGGGACGGUGUGUUCUCCCGAAACCAUAUCGGGGCUGGGAUGAUGUGGCGCAACACUGGCUGGACCGCGGGCCGCGCUGGUGCUCCCGGCGUCCCAUGCGCUCCCCGGUGGCGCGUCCUGAAAGAGGCGCUCGGGACUGUGACACUAGCCACGAACCAGAGAGGGCACGGCAACACACACAGGACACCUUUAAGGGUUCUGUUUUUCUUGUUUUCUUUACAGAACAGAAGUUUUCUUGAUUUUUGCUCUGCAUGGAGCUUCUUCCUCUCAGCAGGCGAGAAGUUCACUAUUUAGAGGAUUCAAGAGCCUACAAAGACUUUUCUUGCUGCAGCCAUGAUAAGGGUCCUCAAUUUUGGGCGUGUUUUCAACUUUGCGCCUGGAAAGUAAUAACAAAAGCUGCCUGAGUUUCUAAACAAGUUUUCUUAUUGUAAGAAAUUAUGUUAGAAAAGCUUCAAGAUCGACUUGUUUUUUUUCUAAAGCUGUUUAAUGGGGUUUCACUCAUUGUUAUGUAUAUAAGAUCAACUUGAAGUACUUAUGUUUACUUUUUGUCAUAAGAAUACUGUAUAAUUUUUUUAUGCUUGUUUUCUGAGGACUUCAGAAAUGAAUCAGUAUUUAAGAAAAUAAACCAGAUAAAACAAAUCAA